AUGGCAGCCUACAGUAGUUGGCGGUCAAGAUUAAAUAAUCUUCAAUUUUGUAAGCAAUUGAGAGAAAAUAAUGGAAAAGAAUCCCACCAGCUUACUAACAAUACCAAGCAUUUAAUAUCUGUCAUUGAUGGCGAUUUGUAUGCCUGGGACAAUUUCUCCGCGAAUAUUAUUUACUUCAAUUUGAAAACAUUGCUAAACACAACCGGUGGGGAUGAAAACAAUGAAACUUCUUCUCAAAGACAUCAGACAUUACUUUGUACCAAUGCACCAACAUAUGAAGUUGAAGGCCUUCUAUUCAAUUUAUCCGGAAGUCACAUUGCUAUAUGGGGACAUGGUGGUAUCCAUGUAAUUGAGUUGCCAAGAAGAUGGGGGAAAUAUGCAGAGUUCGAAGGAGGGAAAAGUGUCAUUUCCUGCAGGACCAUAUCUGUAGCAGAACGAUAUUGUGUGAGUCAAGGGGGGGUUAAAAUUCAACAGAUAGCUUGGCAUCCUGGUAGUUCUACUGAUAGCCAUUUAGUAAUUCUGACUUCUGAUAAUAUACUAAGUGUGUAUGACAUGACAGAACAGAACAAAGCAUCUCAAACUAUCAACUUAGACAGCAUUCAUUCUGAUCUCAACAUAUCACCCACUAAAAUAUCAUUCAGUGCUGCCCUUGGUGAAAGAGCUGUAGCUUUUGACUUUGCUAAGCCUAUAGAAUUAAAGCCUAAAAAGAAGGUUUUGGGUAUACAACCAGAUGAGACAGAUAAUAUUGUUUGGCCAGUUUAUCUUGUAAAAGGCAAUGGCAAUGUAUGUAUUGCUUAUACAACUACCUUGAUGGAUAGAGAAAUCAACUUGCCAGUUCAAGGCCCAUUAAUGAUGCACCCUCCUGCUGAUGAUAAUUAUGAAGAACCAGCACUGUACGUCAUUGAAAGUGUGGAACUAGAACUGUCUUUAACUACACCUCAAUAUAAUACAGAGGAACUAUCAUCUGAUGAUUUUACUUGUCCUGUUAAAUUACAGAGAGAUCCCAGUACCUAUGAUAGGUAUCAUUGUAGUCAUUCAGCUGGUGUACAUUCUGUAGCUCUACCAUGGGCACAAAGUCUUCAUACAUUUAUAUCAGAUGAUAACCAACAAUGUGUAGUAGAACAUGUUAUUUGUACCAAACCAUUGACAUCCAGUCCCACAGCACCUAUACAAGGUUUAUCUAUAGUUACUGAUCCAUCAUUAGGCAUCACAUUAUUAGUAUUAACUAGUGACUAUUUAUUUACUGCAUUACCAUUAGGUUCUAAAUAUAGAAGUGUAGCUCUACCUCUAGUGUCUGAUGCACUAAGUACAACCGUCACAUCACCUUUACGUAAACUUAAUCGUGUACCAUUUGAUCAUCAUAUAGCCAAAAUAUUACAACGAACAUCAUCCAAUCCUUUAUUAAAGUCCAGCUCAAGAACAGAGGUCAGUCAACAAGAAUGUUUUCAACUCUUAAGUCGUGCAACACAAGUUUUACGAGAAGAAUAUAUCCAAAAACAAGAUCAGGCUCGUAUUGAAAUAGAGACAAGGGCAAGAAUUUUACGAGACCAAAAAAAAAAUCAGAAUAAAGAUUUACAGAGAUUAGAAGAAUCAAGAAACAUUUUACGUGAUAAAGCAGAAUGUGUUUCUGAGAAAUUAGAAAAUUCUCAACAUCUUCAAGAAAGGAAUUUGAAAAGAUUAGAACUUAUUAUGAGAAAGAUACAGUCCAGACUACCAAUGUUAUCAGAUGCAGAGAAAGUUUUCAGUAAAGAAAUACAAGAAAUAAGUGAUAAUAUCAAAGCAUUUGAGAAAAAUUUAGAUCAGUUGAAGAAGAAGCAAGAAUAUCAAAAACAGAAGAUAGAAAGAGAUGAUAAAUCUAUCAGUAAUAAUCCUCUAUUAAAACCAAAUCACACAACUCAUUUAAAAGAAAUAUUAAAAGAAGAGAGUGAUGAAAUCAGUAAUUUGAUGAAGAAAGUGAACCAAUUAAAAUUAGAUACCAAUUUAUCAUUAUCCUAGCAGUGCUAGGGUUAUAUUCAGUCUAAUUAUGAGGUCAAGGGUGUUGUAAUAUAAACUGAUAGAGGAGGAUACAGUCCUCUUAAUAUUCACUUUAUUCUGGUCUAUAAUAUUGAUUACGCUUAAUUUCAGCUCUUAAGCAUUACCACAUGUGGAUAUGAACAGUAUCAUGAUAUUCGUAAUGUUAGCUAGACACAAUGUCCCAGUUUACAUUAUAAAAAUUAUUUGUUCCCGGAACUGUCAAGUGUUCUAAGAACUGUUCCAAUUCUAGACUAUUGAGGCAGGUAAAAUUUGGUAUCCUUUCCGAGAACAGUUCUUGCACACGGGUCUUGACACCUUGACCAUUCCCCACACUGUCUGUUCGCAGACAAGAGAAAUGCCAGAUGAAUAGUUUUUGUCUGGGUUACUGUUAUUACCUCGUACGUGAAAAGUGCCAUUAAAAUGCAUCUGAAAACAGCAGAUUAUUUACACUUCUAUUACAGAACUCUUCUUGGAUACUCGAAAUUGUAGUAGUUAAAACGGUACACUUCUGAACAGGGUUAAUAUUCAGAUAGCUGAAAUUAAUCCCCAUUAGUUGGUAAAGUAACUUGUCACACCGGACAACUGUCAUCUGCGAUCUUAUGGCGACUAGAAAUGCACUAGGUUGUGGUCAAUCGUGAGGAAAACUUAAAAAUAGUCCCUAAAGAAUUACAAACUUAAAAACCAGGACCUUAUACAGCAAGUUAUGAGACCAUAUUGUGAUUUAACUUUUUUGCAGCAUUUUGGUCAUGUGUGUUGGAUCGCCAAAUUUGGUGUUUGUUUUGUUUUAUGUCCAAAAUAAACCUUAGUAGUGGUGAUAAUUGCACAAUGUCUGGCGUGACUUACACGCUUAUAGCGACCCUAACACACUCUGAAGGCCUUUCCGGUGUGACAGGUCCUUAAGAACCUGUAUGUUAUAAUGGGGGAGGUCCUACCAAUAUGAUACAGACAUCUUUGACAUCCUUGCAUUGUCAUACUAUCAUUGGGGCAGUUACUCAAAUAACCAGAGUUCAUCAGAUACAUAUUGUACUUGUAGUUAUAAUAAUAAACUGUUUUUGUUAU